GAAAACCAUUAUUUAAACUUUAUUAAGUACCUACUUUGUCAUAAGAUCGUUUCUUGAAUAUAAGUACUUCAACAAUAUAGCAAGUACUUAUGUGGGUACCUAAGUACCCAUAUCCGAUAAAAACGAAGGAAUGCAAUAACAACAGGUUAGUGACCUUUUCCUUGUAUUAAGUGGUUAUAAUAUGACCUUAAGGUGACAGUCAUGUAUUUCUCUAAGGUAUAUGUGUUUUAAACCAUUCUAUAGGAAUUCUAAUCAAGCAUAGUACAUACAACUAUAUUUUCAAAAAAAUUAUAAUAUUUUAUUACAAGGUCCAAAAUUAUUGUCUAUACGUCAGAACCUGUUAUCACAUUAUAAUAGGACAUUGAGUGUGUGACCUUAUUAACACAGCCUUGCCAUAAUGUGGUUAUGGGUACCUCAUACAUACACAUCUAACAACAAAACAGAUUUAGUAUAUUAUUAAACAACAUUAGCAACGCACGCACUUUCAAAAAUUGUUAAUUAAAAUCAAAACGUAAAUCGGAUCAGCCGUUUGGGACCCUACGCUGCCACAGACAGAUACAGAUACACAGGCGUAUUAAACUUAUAACAGCCCUCUUUUUUCGUCGGCGUUUAAAAUGAGAAGAGAUGAGUUAUGGAAGUGCGACACGGACGUCCGCAUCGAGGGUAAAGUGGCGGUGGUGACGGGCGCCACGGCCGGCACCGGCCUCGAGGUGGCCAAGAACCUGGCGCGGCGCGGGGCCCGCGUCGUCCUGGCCAGCCGGAGCCCCGGCAAGCUCGCCGCCGCCCGGGACUCCAUCGUGCAAGCUACAGGAAACACCAACAUCGUCACGAGACAGAUGGACUUCGAAUCACUCGCUUCUAUCAGAAACUUCGCCCAACAAACAAUUGCUACAGAACCCAGGGUGGACAUGCUUAUUAAUAACAUCGGAGCGGUAGGGUUGGAAGACAAGCUGACGGCUGACAAUCUUCAGUUGACCAUGCAGGUUAACUACUUCGGGUCGUUUCUGCUGACGUUCUUGCUGUUCCCGCUACUGAAGAGUUCAGCGCCAAGUCGGAUAAUCAACGUGUCGUCACUAGCCGCCCUGCUAGGGGUGGUAGAUCUCGACCACUUCAAUGAUGUAGGGCGGUAUUCCAGCUUUGGUUACUACUGCAACGCUAAACUAGCCGACAUUUUGUUCACUGUGGAAAUGGACCGACGGAUGAGAGCGGCAGGGGUGAGCGGCGUGAGCGUCUACAGCAUGGAUCCUUCACUAAAUAAGUCGAACUUUUUCAGAAACUACGGUGGUCAUAUUGAGACGUUUUUCAACGCAGCGCUCCGUAGAUUUGGAAGGAGAACAGAUGUGGUGGCGAAACUUCCCGUGUACUUGGCAGUGGAUCCGAGGUUUGAAGGACAAAGUGGGAAGCAUUAUAGGGACUGUGAUGAGUUUUACAGCAGCUGGUAUGCGAGUGACAGUGAGUUGACUGCGGGGCUGUGGGAGGAAACGAAACGACUGGUGAAUAUAAGUUCUAGUGAAGAUUGGGAGAUAUAAAUCGAUGAAUUGUUGUGUAGACGUAAAAUACAUACCUACCCACCUAAAUAAAAGGUACCUAUACCUAAGCUAGCAUGCAUAGGUACCUAUGAACCCACCAGUUUUCAGUAGUUUAGAAACCUAGCUUAACCCAGCGAGCGUUAGUAAAGAUGAAAAUUUAUUGUGUUAUAAAACCCAUCUACAUUGAAUUGUUUUGAACC